AUGAAUGAUGAUGACUUCCUGUUGUCUGUCAGCACAAAGAGCUUCCUUGGUGACUUCUCUCCAAAUCAUUUUCACUCUUCACUGACUGAUGACAAGUUUUUACUCUUAACUCCUUUUUUAUUCUUCUGCACAUCUCUUUGUUUUCUUCUGUUUCUUUUCUUUCUUUUUUCUGAUUCUAUUACCUUUUUACUCUUAUUUACUCUUUUUCUUCCGUUUAUCAUCUCUUUAUUUGUCUCUCCUCUUUUUUCACUCUCCUCUUCUUUCUCCUUUAUUACACUUCUGUCCUCUUUUACUUUUUCUUUUUUUACUCUUAAAUUCCUUUUAACUUUUAAUUUAUUUCUUUUUGCUAUUUUCUUUCUUUUUCCAUUAAUCAUUUUUUUUUUUUUACUCUUUUGUUUUUUUACUCAUAACAUCUCAUUUUUGUACGUGUAUCUUCUCUCUCUUUUUCUUAUCUUUUUUUUCUUUUUUCUGCUUCUCUUUUUCUUAUGCUUUUUCUCUUUCUUUUUCUGCUUAUUCUUUUUCUUCCCUAACCUUCUCUUCUAUAUUUUCCAAACAUUUUUCUCUUGUUCUCUUCCUGUUUACCUUGUUUUCAUCACUCAGUUUCUUUCAUUCUUUAUCACUUUUUUUCCAGUUCCCCUUCUUUCUAUAUUCUUUCUAGUUUUUUUUUCUUCUUCUUCUUCUCUUUAA